GGGCACACUGUCGCGAAAAACGAAUCGAAACGGAACGCAAAGCGGACACGGACUGUUUUUUCCGGGAAAAACGCCGCCUUUCCUUUGAUUUGUUUGGUGCUGUCGCGGAAAUGACACCGCCAAACGCCAGCGAUUAGUUAGACGUGAAAAUUGCAAUCAAUCGCUCUCUUUCUCGCUCCCUCUCUCUUUGUGGGAAGCUGAAGAAGAAGCAGCAGCAGCGAAGCAGACGCCGCACACCAAUACAAACGCAUUUUCGCUGUGGAAACGGAAUCAACCAAAAUGUUGUGAUCUCAUACCCUUGAAAAGCCCAAACACUGGAAGCGAAUUUUCCUCCACAGCAGAGAACCGAAGAGAAACGUGAAAGCUGAAGGCAGCAGCUAGGAAAACAACGGAAACCAAAUUGCAAUGACUGAGCAGAGUAUUAUCGGGGCGCGGGCCUCUGUGAUGGUGUACGAUGACAACCAGAAGAAGUGGGUGCCAUCGGGCAGCUCGUCGGGAUUGAGCAAGGUGCAGAUCUACCACCACCAGCAGAACAACACGUUCCGUGUGGUGGGACGAAAGCUGCAGGAUCACGAGGUGGUCAUCAACUGCUCCAUUCUGAAGGGACUGAAGUACAAUCAGGCCACGGCAACAUUUCAUCAGUGGCGCGAUUCGAAAUUCGUUUACGGCUUGAACUUCUCGAGCCAAAAUGAUGCGGAGAACUUUGCUAGGGCCAUGAUGCAUGCCCUGGAAGUGCUCAGUGGUCGCGUGGCGAACAACCCAGGUGGACCGCCCACAAAUGGCAAUGGCUAUGAGGAGGACAUGGGCUAUCGCACGAUGACCAGCGAGGAUGCAGCCAUACUGCGUCAGAACAACAGCAUAGGUGGGCACGUCACGCCCUCGGCCCAGACGCCCACCUCGCAGACCAACCAGAAUAACAUCCCCCAGAGCCCGCCGACGCCCCAGGGUCAUCAUCGCACCAGCAGGAAUUCCCUCAGCGCCCCACCGGCACCACAGCCCCAACAGCAGCAGCAGCAGCAGCAGGCGCAGCAAAUGGGUCAGCCAGGAUCCCACUAUGGACCCACUGGAAAUGGACCCACUUCGAAUGGCCUGCCACAGCAGGUGAACUCACAGAUUCCGCCGGCACCGCAGCAGCAGCCACAACAGCAACAGUUUCAGCAGCAGCAGCAGCAACAGCAAUAUCAGCAAAUGGUCCAGGCGGGCUAUGCGCCCUCUCAGCAGGCGCAGCAGCAGCCACCGCAAGCGCCACAGCCGCCGCUCCAGAACGGUGGAAUGUACAUGGUGGGUCAUGGUCAUCUACCGAGCUCCGCGAGCGCCAACAGUGUUGUGUACGCCAGCCAGCAGCAGAUGCUCCCGCAGGCGCAUCCACAGGCACCUCAGGCGCCGACGAUGCCAGGUCCGGGCUACGGUGGUCCACCAGUACCUCCGCCCCAGCAGCAGGCAGAGAAUCCGUACGGUCAGGUACCCAUGCCGCCGCCAAUGAAUCCGUCACAGCAACAGCAGCCAGGUCAGGUGCCUCUAAACCGGAUGAGCAGCCAGGGUGGUCCAGGUGGCCCACCGGCUCCUGCUCCGCCCCCGCCACCACCCAGUUUUGGUGGAGCUGCUGGAGGAGGACCACCACCACCAGCCCCGCCACAGAUGUUCAACGGCGCACCGCCGCCGCCAGCCAUGGGCGGUGGACCACCGCCGGCUCCACCGGCACCGCCAGCAAUGGGUGGCGGACCACCGCCAGCACCGGGCGGACCAGGGGCACCACCACCACCGCCUCCGCCGCCGGGAUUGGGAGGAGCGCCUAAGAAGGAAGAUCCCCAGGCAGAUCUCAUGGGCUCGCUGGCCUCCCAGCUGCAGCAGAUCAAGCUCAAAAAGAAUAAGGUCACCACCUCUGCUCCGGAGAAUAGCGGCAGCAGCACGUCCAGUGGCGGCAGCGGCAACUAUGGAACCAUAGGACGAAGCUCUAAUGGCAUGGCCUCCAUGAUGGACGAGAUGGCCAAGACGCUGGCACGACGACGCGCCCAAGCAGAAAAGAAGGAUCCCGAUCCUGAAGCCGAAGUGAAAAAACGCCCCUGGGAAAAGUCCAAUACACUGCCCCAUAAGCUAAGCGGCGGAGCUGGCAGCGGAUCUGCUGGAAGUGGCCAUGAAGGAGCGAAUGGUAACUCGGGCGGUGCUGGUAGCAACACAACGAACAGUGGCGGCGAGUCCCCGCGACCCAUGCGCAAACGAUUCGGUAGUGCCAGCGAAGAGACCAUUCUCAAGGUCAAUGGCGAUGGCCUGUCGCUGGCGCUUUCCAAUGGCGACUUGGACACACUGAAGGCUGAGAUUGUGCGCGAAAUGCGAUUGGAGAUUCAGAAAGUCAAGAACGAGAUAAUAGAUGCUAUCAAAUCGGAGUUUAAUCGCAGAUAGAUCAAAAUGCUGUCACGAUAAACGCGAAUGUGUACCAGGCUCUAUCCAACUCAAUGGGACUAAUGGGACGAAGAUCAGGAUCAGAAUCAUGAGACUGGAGAGGACAAGGAGCCGGGCGUGUAAUUUAAGGCAUUCGCGACAUAUUCGAUGAUCGAAGCUCGCAACAUUGCCAGAAUGUUGACGAUCGAUCGACGAGGUGAUGGCAUGUGCAUAGGCAUAAAUACGCAUAUUUAUGAUGCAUUUGCUCUAGGUUAACACAAACAUCUAGGCUAACAAAAAAAAAACAAACACACACACACACACACACAAAGAUGCAGACGAUGAGGAGAAAUUUAGUCAAAGUAAUUAUAUUUUAAUGGGAAGAACUGCUUACCGACAUCUAUAAGUUAUGUAACUAACUCUGUUGUACAUUAUUUUGCAUAAGUCUAUAAGCCAAUUUUAGUGUGAGAACAAGAGAAUUGCUUGCAAUCUUCGGUAUAUCGUAAUCAUCCCCCCCUUUUUUCGUUUGUUCUCCAUACUACCCCACCUCUACCUUUUAGUUUGUUAUGCUCGCCGGGAUUUAUCUAUUGUUUCGUACCAAAAAACAACAAAAUCAAAAUGAACAACGUUUGUAAUUAUACAUAGAACGUAUCUCUCUAUACACAGCCACAAAAACAUGCAUAUAUAUAUAUAUAUAUAUAUGUGGUUUAAUAUAUAUGGACUACUCAUUAAACUAACCUAAAGGGAACUAGUAUUACGACUCAAAAACGAAAUGAAAACAAUUCCACAAACGUCAUCCAUCAAAGCUCCUGAAAAAAUGGAAAAACUCCACGCAUUUCCUACAACAAAACCACAACAUUUUCCUAAGCACACGAUCUCAUACGACUCAAUUUAAGAACCAGCAAGUCUUCAGCAAAUCAGAAACAUAAACAAACAAACAAAAAAAAAAAACAGUUCAAAGCGGAAUUGAGCGUGGUGUUCAGGACUCAGAGUUAGCUCGAGCAACUUAGCAUUAGUGUCACACGAAUAAUUACUGCGAUCCAGCGAUCUAUACGAUCUAUACAGCGAAAUUAGAAAGCUAAAUUAACAAUCGACUGCUGCGUAUUAUACAUAUUAAUAAUACUUAUAAAUAUAUAAAGGAACGCCCAUAAAUAAUGUACACUCCCCCCAGACUCGGCGCAAAAUGCCGCUCCUGAACAUAUGCGUACCAAUUCAACUUCCAUAUACGACUAAGACUAAAUAGCGAAAUUAUUGAAAGAUAGCAGGCCAAGCAAAUCGGAAAAAAAGGUGGAUCAGAUAGUGGGAAAGCGGAAGGACGAAAGGAAGGACACGAGGCGGGAGCAGAGGAAGGAUAAAGGAUAAGAAGAGUUUAGUUCUUAAGCAUAAAGAAGUGAAAUUGUUUAUUAAGUGGACAAAAAUUUAUUUAUACUGAAAAGUGAAAGCGAUAGAGAGUGGUAGUUGUGUAUAAUUCGAAUACAUAUAUACAUUUUAAUUUUUUGUAAUUUAACAAUAAUUUAUAUUGACUGUGCGAGGUUGCGUCGAUAUAUGAUAUAUAUGAUUAUAUAGAGUAUAUGAAAUACCUAGUUAUAUGACGGCCACACACACGGUCCGGUCCGGUGUGUAUGUAAAUGUUAUGAUUUUUGUAUUUUUAUAUAUGAUCUUUGCAUUGCGAAAACAAUGGAAACAAUUUAAUAUUAAACACACGUAAACUAUUUUAAACGAAGCAAAUGAAAAUCGAUGCGCCUUGCAGUGGGCGCAACCUUUUUAUGUAUUAAAUUAAAUAUAUUAUACACUUAUAUACAACCAGAAUAUUCAAUAUACAUACAAGAGAUGAGGAAACGAUGUAGCAGCCAGCAUUGACUCGAGAUCAAAAUAUAUAUUAAAAAUCAGCAACGGAUUCACUUAGAUCGUUAAGGGGCGUAAGUUAUAGAAGCGGCGGCGAUCGGGAAACGAAGUAGAAGCGCAAAAACAUUAUAUGCAUAUUCAACAAAAGAACGUAAAGUGAAAUAAACAGCAACGUUUGUAUGUAAAAAAAAAA